ACGCGCACUACUCUGUCAUCCCUCGCGCGAGGCGGCGGCUGUGCACCGCCAUCUUGGCCGGUGGCGGUAGAAACACGUUGUGUGGCCGGGACGCGAAAGCCGGCGCCGGUUCGGCUCCUGCACGCCUCGCCUCGCUGUAAGGGGACCGCGGUCUCCAGUAGGAGAACCGGAUAUUCUUUAUUACAAUUAUGGCAGACAAAUUAACAAGAAUUGCUAUUGUCAACCACGACAAAUGCAAACCUAAGAAGUGUCGACAGGAAUGCAAAAAGAGCUGCCCUGUCGUUCGAAUGGGAAAAUUAUGUAUAGAGGUUACACCCCAGAGCAAAAUAGCAUGGAUUUCUGAAACUCUCUGUAUUGGUUGUGGUAUUUGUAUUAAGAAAUGCCCCUUUGGCGCCUUAUCAAUUGUCAAUUUGCCAAGCAACUUGGAGAAAGAAACAACACAUCGAUAUUGUGCCAAUGCCUUCAAGCUUCACAGGUUGCCUAUCCCUCGUCCAGGUGAAGUUUUGGGAUUAGUUGGAACUAAUGGUAUUGGAAAGUCAACUGCAUUAAAAAUUUUAGCAGGAAAGCAAAAGCCAAACCUUGGAAAGUAUGAUGAUCCACCUGAUUGGCAAGAGAUUUUGACCUAUUUCCGUGGAUCUGAAUUACAAAAUUACUUCACCAAGAUUCUAGAAGAUGACCUGAAAGCCAUAAUCAAACCUCAAUAUGUAGAUCAAAUUCCCAAGGCUGCAAAGGGAACAGUGGGAUCUAUUUUGGACCGAAAAGAUGAAACAAAGACACAGGCAAUUGUAUGUCAGCAGCUUGAUUUAACUCACCUUAAAGAACGAAAUGUUGAAGAUCUUUCAGGAGGAGAGUUGCAGAGAUUUGCUUGUGCUGUCGUUUGCAUACAAAAAGCUGAUAUUUUUAUGUUUGAUGAACCCUCCAGUUACCUCGAUGUCAAGCAGCGUUUAAAGGCUGCCAUUACUAUUCGAUCUCUAAUAAAUCCAGAUAGAUAUAUCAUUGUGGUGGAACAUGAUCUAAGUGUAUUAGACUAUCUCUCUGACUUCAUCUGCUGUUUAUAUGGUGUACCGAGUGCUUAUGGUGUUGUCACUAUGCCUUUUAGUGUAAGAGAAGGCAUAAACAUUUUUUUGGAUGGCUAUGUUCCAACAGAAAACUUAAGGUUCAGGGAUGCAUCGCUUGUUUUUAAGGUAGCUGAGACAGCAAAUGAAGAAGAAGUUAAAAAAAUGUGUAUGUAUAAAUAUCCUGAGAUGAAGAAAAAGAUGGGAGAGUUCGAGCUAGCUAUUGUAGCUGGAGAGUUCACAGAUUCUGAGAUCAUGGUGAUGCUGGGGGAAAAUGGUACAGGUAAAACCACAUUUAUCAGAAUGCUUGCUGGAAGGCUUAAACCUGACGAAGGAGGAGCAGUACCAAUUCUGAAUGUCAGUUAUAAGCCACAGAAAAUCAGUCCCAAAUCAACAGGAAGUGUUCGACAGUUACUGCAUGAAAAGAUCAGAGAUGCUUAUACUCAUCCACAGUUUGUGACUGAUGUAAUGAAGCCCCUACAGAUUGAAAACAUCAUUGAUCAGGAGGUGCAGACAUUGUCUGGUGGUGAACUGCAGCGAGUAGCUUUAGCUCUUUGUUUGGGCAAACCUGCUGAUGUUUAUUUAAUUGAUGAACCAUCUGCAUAUUUGGAUUCUGAGCAAAGAUUAAUGGCAGCCCGGGUUGUCAAACGUUUCAUACUCCAUGCAAAGAAGACAGCUUUUGUUGUGGAACAUGACUUCAUCAUGGCCACCUAUCUAGCAGAUCGUGUCAUCGUGUUUGAUGGUGUUCCCUCUAAGAACACAGUUGCAAACAGUCCUCAAACUCUUUUGGCUGGCAUGAACAAAUUUUUGUCUCAGCUGGAAAUAACAUUCAGAAGAGAUCCCAACAACUACAGACCACGAAUAAAUAAGCUCAAUUCAAUCAAGGAUGUAGAACAAAAGAAGAGUGGAAACUACUUUUUCUUGGAUGAUUAGAUUGAAUCUGAGUUUAUCAAUAAGCCAUUUACUUACUGGGAUUUUUAUCAUAUAAAACUUUAAUCAGGUUUUAUGGCCCCACAUACUCUGGAGCUUGAAGUAUGAUUUUCUUAAUGUGACAUCAAAAGCCAGUUGUCUGUCUUAUAAAUUGUUAAGGGCUUUUCUGUUCUUAAGAUAAACCUCUGUGCAUACUUCACUAAAAUGGAGACAUUUCAAAUCCGUAAAUCACCUCAAGAUUUUCAUGAUCUGUGGGGAGAUUUUCAGUUGUGUAUUAUAUUCAUGUACCAGAUGCUUACUGGUGUUGACCACCUUUAAAAUCUUGAUAAGAUCUGUAUUUAUCUGUUUGCUAAGUGGACCAGUAUAAUUGAAUUGCCCUAUUUAAAAGCCAGUCAAAGACUACACUGCUAAAGUCUGUCUGAUAAAUAAACAUCAGAAUUUUAUUUGCUACUUGUUUUUAGUCUGUGCACUAUAUUAUCAGUGUGUAGCUGCUUGUAUGUUUAUGACCAACUUACGCAUUAUUUUUAAUGGGUUUUUUGGUGCUUUUGAACAUCUGUCAAUACCCUAAUUUAACUCUGAGUUUUUGGUUUUUACAAUCUGUAACAUUCUAUAAUAACAUCCAAAGUAAUGUAACUUUGUAAACCUAAAUUUAUAUAAUCACUCAUCAAGUUGGGAGGAGAUGUUUCUGAAGAAUAUUUGCUUCCUAUAAAACUAUAGGCUUGGGCUGGGGAGAUGGUUCAGUCAGUAAAGUGCCAACUGUACGCUCAUAAGGACCAGUUAAAAGUCACAGGAUUGUAAUGCCAGCCCUAGGAAAUUAGGUCAGACAGAUCCUAGAGUCCAUUGGCUAGCCAGCCUAACAGAUCUGUGAGUCCUGUGUCAGGGAAAGAUCCUGUCUCAGAAAAUUAGGCAACAAUUGAGGAAGACAUCUAGCUCCAACACAGACAUGUACAUAUGUACAUGUGUGUACAUACAUACAGAUACACAUAUACAUACCAUUCAUACAUAAAUAGCCCUACAGAUAACAAGUCUUUAUAGUUGGUGCCUCACUAUCUGGAUGUUAGGGGUUUGUUUUUAGUUUUGUUUUGAGACUGUCCUAUAGCCCAAGCUGGCCUCAAACUCAUUGUAUAGCUAAGGACAACCUUGAAAUUCUGAGCCUACUACCCAGAUUAGGAUUGUGCAGUGCUGAGAAUCAAACCCAGGGCUCUGCAGGUUAGGCAAGCAUUCUACCAACUGAGCCACAUCCCCAGCCCUGUAUUUUUAUAGACUACAGAUUUUUCUGUUGAGCAACCAAGGGCAACCUUUAACCACUUCUCCAAUGAGUACCGGAAAUAGCAAUACAAAGUGUCCAUUGCUGCAGUACAUAUUCAUUUGUAGGUGUGGAUAAAAAGGACAUUAUCUAAACCUUACUAAUACGCUGAACUAGAAUUAUGAGGAAGGUAGAUUACAGUGAAUAAUGGGGCAGGCGGGGCAGGCAGAACAGGAAAAUUAGACAAGACUUUGAACUUUAAUUUUGAUUAACUUGGAAACAAUGAUAUAAAGUUUGUUUUGACUGGACCCCAUUAGGCCUAAAAAUGAAUUUAUAUGAAUAAUCCAUAAAUACAUUUCUGUUGUAAAAGAAUGCAAAUAUACAGAAAUAUAUGGAAUAAACAUUUUCUCCCUUCAUUACUGAGAA